AGAUCCCUAUCGAGUUUACUGAUUGUUGAGUUUCACUCAAUUUUCAACGGGCUUUUGUGAGUGAUGGUGAGAAUUAUCCAGUGAAGAUAUUUGUGAGGAUUAUCCAGUAAAGAUAUUUUGAAAUGGCCUCUUUAAAAGAUAAAGUUAUCAUCAUAACAGGAGCUAGCAGUGGAAUUGGUCGAGGUAUUGCUGUUCAUUUGGCCAAGUUACAACCCAAACUUGCUCUGUGUUCUCGAGACGUGGAUAAAUUAAAUGAAACAAGAGAAUUGUGCCAGAAACAUGGGCUACAUAAAGAUAACAUUUUGGUAAUAUGCUGUGAUUUAACUAUAGACUCUGAUAUAGAUCACGUGAUACAGACCACAGUUAAUACAUUUAAACAGAUAGACUCCUUAAUAAAUAAUGCAGGUAUUGGAAAAUAUCAAUCUAUAUCGAAUACAGAUAUGAAAGUCUACGAUGAAAUGAUGAACGUCAACGUUCGAGCACCAUUUUAUUUUUCUAAAGUUUCCUUACCCUAUUUAAAACAGACGAGAGGAACGAUAGUUAAUAUUUCUAGUAUACUCGGACAAACAGGGCUAACGGCAGCUUUGGCGUAUUCUAUGGGAAAAGCUUCAUUGGAUCAUUUUACACGAGUUUUGGCAGCGGAUACAGCUGAGUUUGGUGUUCGAGUUAACUGUGUCAGUCCUGGUUUCACUAAAUCCGAGUUUUCUCUUCGAGCCGGAUUACCACAACAAGCUGUUAUCAAGAUAGAGAAGGAUAUGGCAGUGAAGAAUCCACUAGGUAGAGUUGGGGAACCUGACGAUGUUGCUAAACUAGUCCAGUUUCUAAUCUCGGACGAUUCUUCCUAUAUAACAGGCGAGGUGAUCUGUGUUGACGGGGGAAGUCAUAUGAGAGCUGUUCAUUCUAAAGUUGGUGCCAAACCGCCGUCACAAUAAACUUCUUUAUUA